GGAAGGCGAGGCUGUGGGGUUCACCACACCGCACCACAGCGACCUCUCGGUGCCUCCAGACGGUGCCUCCUGUGGUGCCUCCUGUGGUGCCACAGCAAGGCCCCCUCCUCGCCUCCCGGCCGGCGUCCUGGGCCUCUCGGGGAUUCCAGAUCGAGAGGAGGAUCGCACUAUUCCGAGGCGCACUUUGGCGAUGAUGAUAAGAUACGGCGCUGAGUCUCCCGCAGAUUUUUUCCCUCCCGCAUCACAGGGUGGCAUGUGCACGUGUGCGUGACGUCACGAUGAGGGUACCCAAGGUUUCCCCCUAUUGGUCGCCGACGCCGCUGUCGUCACGAGUCUCCCGGAAUGCACGUCGUGAUUGGCUUUCGCCUUAGCACUCCGUCCAAUCGUAACUGGAAUAUAAAGAUGAGAGCCUAAGAAACCCGUGUUCUGAUUGGCGUAUUGGGCGUGGCAUACCUCGAGGACUCUGGGUAGUGUCGUCUCCUCCCAUUGGCUGCUGAGCGCGGGCCAAGAUGGCAGCAGCGCCACUUCUAGUGAGGCGAUUGGUCGAGGCGGCGGUGGGCGGGGCCGACUAACCCUAACGAGCAUAAUUGCCGUAUAUAAAGAAAAGUUGGUGGUUAGAUUUGAUCAAGUCGAUGUGAGCGCUUUGCCUUCCUGGCUAAAUUAGUGGAAGCCGGAGACCAAUUGAGACUAGUUAGAGUCGCAGGCCGGACGGAAUUGGGGCGACCCGCGGAAAGUUGCGACUGCUGAUUACCCGCCCAUUGUUCUCGUUAGAGGAUAUUUCUAGGAUCGCGAGGCGUGGGGAGCCCCCAAUUGUGACCAUUGGCGGGCGGCCGUCUUGUGUGCGAGUGCCAGCGCCCCUGGAAGCCCCGGCCGUGACGCCGCUCCCUUGAUUACCACUUAUUACCACUGCCUACGGAGCCGCAGGUCCCGGCCUCAGCGUGGAUCCCUCUUGGGACGGCGAACGAGUACUACCUCUUCCUCCCCGAGGUCCUGCGGCCCACCACGGGCUCUGGAAGAGUCCUCGAGUCCCUGGGCGAAGAGGAGGCGGUGUUGGUCUCUCCAGAGGCGCGAUUGCAUCUUCGUCCCGUGACCCUCAUCGAGGCCGUCGCCGACCCGGGUGAUUAGCCUUAACAACGAGCCAUCAGCGACGCGCCGGGAACUGCCGUCAAUUGGAACUACCGCCCGGGGCUUAACGAGACCCCUCGCCCCCCCCUGAUGGACCCACGCGGGGGGAAGAAGGAGAUUAACACGCCAGGUUAAGAGACGGACGCCAAUUAGGGAGUGUGUCAUCGCCGCGGUGACGAAGCGUGAUUGCGCGCGAGGGAAGCCCUGCCUGCCGCCGUCCCCGCCCGCGACUGCGCCCCCGAGGGUAGGCUUAAGCGAUCUCGUGAUUGUGACAAAUAAGGUGCGUGUUGCAGCCCGCCAAUUGCGCUAACGAAGACUCGGCCUUCAGGACGCCCGAGACGCCUCAAGACACCACGUGAGCCCGUGACGUCACCGCUCGUUGGAGGAGCAAGAAGAAGGAAGAAAGGAAGGAGAUAAGAGAAAUUGAAAGAAGGGCCAAGCAAAGAAAAGGCAAAGUGUGAUUGACUCAAGUAAUUCCUGUGCAUUCCUGUAGUUCGAUAGGCAAGUGCGAGAGACAGAUCCAUAAUUAGAAAGACAGAGGAAUUUUUUAAAGGAAAAUUCCAAUAGCAAGCGAAAGACAAGAAUCGGUGCCCACAGGCCGGGAGCGCCGAGGCCGCCGAGCGCCGAAAGGAGCUCCGAAGGAACCGCCCGAAGAGCGCCGCGCCGCGCCAGCUUGGAUGCCGGAGGGCGGGAAGGAGGCAUGAACGGGCAGUCCCCCACCUCCAGCAGCGCCACCAGUCCGGCCUCCGUCACAGCUCCCGUCGGCGUCGUUGGCAAGUCCCUCGGAGGCCCCUCUGCGGCAGGCGGGAACCUUGGAGGCGUCGUCGGAGGCGCAGGAGCCGGAGGCGGCAGCGGAGCAGGCGGCGGAGGCGUGGCCACGAGCGGGGGCGGGGGCGUAGCGCCGCCGACAAGCCUUUCGGGCGGAGCCGCGGGUGGCGGCGGCGGAGGAACCUUCCACAGCAUCCAGGUCAUGUUAGGUCUUCCAGGCGACCUCAUGCUGUCGUCGUCCCUCCCACCCUCGCACAGGGACUACCACGACCCGCCCUUGCCCCCCACGCCCACGCCGGCUACCCACACCAUGGCGCCCAUCCCGCACACCACCACCCAUUCCACCGCCCCCACGCCGCCCCAGCCGGCCCACUACAACCCACAGCAGCAGCAGCAACAGCCGCCCACACUGCCCGCUCUCACAAACCUCAACGCCCAGACGAGCCACGCCCACGUCCAGAACAACCACACCCACGUCCAAACUUCACACGCCCACGUGACAGCUGGCGCGCAUAACCACGCCCACAAUCAUGCCCACGGGCAGGCAGGGACGAGCACGUCUCUGGAGUCGUCGAUGGGCGGCCCGGUGGUGGGCGAGAAGAGGAAGCUGGAGGACAACGGGCCCGCGGGCGGGUACCCGCCGGUGCAGGCCGCCCAGGCAACGCCCGCGCAGUGCUCCCCCCCGCCCGGGCAGCCCCAGCCCGGUAACGCAGGCGAGUCGGCGACCAAGAAAUCAGAUUCGAAAGCCAAGAAAGCGUCAGACACACCUGGCGUCAAGAAAAAGAAAACGAGAACCACAUUCACCGCCUACCAGCUGGAGGAACUGGAGCGGGCGUUCGAGCGGGCGCCGUAUCCGGAUGUGUUCGCACGGGAAGAGUUGGCCGUCAAACUCAACUUGUCCGAAUCCCGUGUCCAAGUGUGGUUCCAGAACCGCCGCGCGAAAUGGAGGAAGCGAGAACCGCCCAGGAAAAAUUAUAUUCCACCAGGAGGAAUGGGAGGCGGUUUGGGCGGCACAUUCAACUCCCUCAAUUCUCUGAACACGCUCUCGCCCUUCAACUCCGGAGAAGCAUGGAGUUACUCCACGUCCUACGACCCCGCCCACCUCAAUCUGCUAGGCCCCGCCUCUUACUCAUUCUCAGCCAAUCAUAACCCGGGCUACAGCUACCCUAUGCUUUCUCAGCCAGUGGGGAUUAACGAUUCCCUUUUUACAAAUCCCAUCGGCCAAAUGCGGGCGGGAGAUUUCCAGUCGUCAACGGGGAUGCGGGAUUUUGGGAGCGGCCCCCUGAAGACCUACGAUUACCUGCAGGAAGUCAAGACGGAGGAUUUUCUCCAGGAGAAGCGAGACGCCAACAUGAACAGCGUCCGCCACCAGCUGGCCCCAAAGGAAAACAAGGAUUCUUCGUACACCACGCUCCCUUCUUUUUUAAGCUAAGCCAGGAUCUUCAUGCAAGGAAGAUGGCGCGCCAACAGGAAGAUCCCCAGGCCUCCGAAGCUCACGUAUCUCAGGCCUAUACGCCCGGCAUAGCUCCGCCCUCGCAGGCCAUUAACCAAUCACCGGCGAUGCCUUCUGCGGUGGCUCCAUCCCCGUCGAUUGUCAGCCAAUCACCGGCGGGGAGUGCGGUCGCCCCGCCCCCUCCCAUCGGUGGCCAAUCAACGGCAGCCUCAGGCUCCUCCCGACCGCUUUUGUGCUGUGAUGAACCUGGGUAUGACACUGGACCCGCCCAUGGCCCCGCCCACGGCUCCGCCCAUGACUACGAUCAGCCUUCGUCCGCCCACAAGUAUAACCCGCCGCCCUUACUCAAGCUCCCGCACGUACACCAACCGCCGCCCAUGGACAAGUACGAGCCCCUUCCGCCUCAGCCUAAGUAUGACCUGCAUCAGCCACGCCCUGAAUAUGACUCCACCCUUCCCGUGCCUCCGCCGCCCCCGCCGCCGCCGCCGCCGCCCACGACUCAUGAGUAUGACCCGAUGCCGCCGCAAGUUCCCGCCACAAGCGACGACGAGGCGUUGGUGUACGCGCCGAGCGUGGGAACGGAACAGCUUGGGGAACCGCCCCCUCCCAUGCCCGAGCCACCCAUGCCCCUGGGCUACUUCAGCCACUACGCCUUGGACACUCACGGCAGCCUCGACACCCACGACUCACUCGACUACAGCGUCCUCGACGCACUGCUCGAGGGAGCGUCGUACCCUCAGCCGGGGGAGUCGUCCGGGUCGCAUGAGCAUUACCACGACUAUCCUCACUACUAACACGACUCUCACUGCGGCGUUAUGACUACACCUUAUUGCUUCUCUGUUAGGGCGACCGUGACUACUUUUGAGCGACGGUGACUCAGCUGGCGACGAUUUUUAAUGUCGCCCAUUAAACAAAUUAUCUGAUGUCAGAGGUGCCAACAUCACCGACGAUUCAGGACAGCCGUAGCAGGUCUACCAACCCUUCCGAAGGGGCGACUAAAUUAGAUGCAGUUUUUGUACUCGCCUUCAUGAAUAUUUUUCCAUGUCUUUAUACAUAAAGAUAUAGCGUAUAGUCCGUCUUUAUUAUAUAUAUAUAAAUACAUAUCUAAGACAACCCUUGUCCAAUGACGUGUGCUUUCUGCAUGUCAUUUGUUCGCACUCCUGAAAAGGAACGUAACUUCCAUACACUGCAGCAACCGCGUAAAGCAGUGAGGCUUUCUAUAUAACGCUUGUGCCUUUUACCCGCGUACGAUAUAAUAUUUUAUGUUAUACCAGCAGAUUCUUGAAUUCGUUCAAUAGGUUUCUGUGGCGCCAUAUGUGUAAAACACAACCGUGAUGUUUUUUAUGAUGAUGACUAGCAUGUGAAAGGGAUGACUCCGGUGUUCCCUCUGAUUGGGUUGUCAGUGUAUGUUUUAAGUCCGUUGCCUGUAUAAAGCUUCACUGUUGAAACACUGACGUAGUGUAUCUAUUAUUAUUAUUAUUAUUAUUAUUAUUACUAUUAUUAUUAGUAUUAUCAUUAUUAUUAUUAUUAUUGUCAUUAUUAUUAUCAUUGUACUAAGGAUCUCGCUAUGACACAACCAUAUCAAAACAGAUUUAGAUUUUUUUUUUUCUUUUAUUAUUUGAAAACUGAAGCGUAGGUUGAACGAAACUGUUGCCAGUGUUGUUGUUAAGUUACAGCUUUAUUUAUUGUUUAAGAUGAUUCCCACCUUAUCCCUGCUUUUAUACCCAACCCCUUAGGAAAAAAAGAUAAAUUGUAUGUAUGUGCCAAAUGUACUGGAAGCUCGCACCGCCAUACUUCAUUAUAGGCCUAUGAAAUACUCAUCUUUAUGUAUGUGCUCGGUGAUCCCGUAGAUUUACAUUGAUUGACAUUUUUACAGACACAUUCACCUUUACGCACGACCUUUAAACCACAAUGUGUGAACAGAAACAGGGCUUCCAACAUGUAAAUUUGGAAAUUAAUAAAAUACUGAAAGGAAA